ACUAUUUACAACCUUUUGUGAAACAGACUUCUUCCUAUGUUAGAGAUACAAAACAUUUUAUUAACAUUAUUGAAUCCUUGGUGAUCCCAACAGAUGCAGUCCUGAUGUCUGUAGAUGUAAUAUCACUGUAUACCAAUAUUCCGUUAGAGGAGGCACGAUAUAUAUGUGAAUCAACCUUGAACAGGAGGCCUAAUCACCACCCUCCCACCUUUUUUUUUGUUGGAUCUUCUUGAUAUUAUUCUUGAAAAAAAUUACUUCAAGUUUGAUGAAAAAUACUAUUUCCAAAUACAAGGUGUAGCCAUGGGCAGUCCUGUCGCGCCAGCGAUAGCCAAUUUAUUCAUGGAUAAUUUGGAGAAUGAAACUAUCUUGAAUCACACAAAGAACCCUGUAGCGGACGGCAUUAUCAAAUAUUGUAGAUUUAUUGAUGAUAUCUUUAUCAUUGUUAAUUCACAUCAGGAGGCAGUAACGUUAUUAUCCUGGAUCAAUACAAUUCACCUCAAAAUUAAAUUUACAGGAAACAUCAGUUCUACAUCCUUGAUUUUUCUAGAUGUCGUGGUUACAAAGGAAAAUGAUCGAUUGAAAGUGAGUAACCACCGAAAAACCACUGAUAGAAACUCCUUGUUACAUUACAACAGUUACCAUCAUUGGGCAUUAAAAAAUAAUUUACCCUUUACACAGAUGCUCAGGAUUAAACGCAACUCCUCUACCCUACAGGACUUCAAUCAGGAAAUGGAAGAGACAAAAAGCAGGUUCAGAAAUCGAGGUUACCCAGAGUCCAUAAUACAAUCAGCCUACUCGAAGGUUGCCAGUAUUCCUAGAUCUAAACUCCUAGAGGACAAAAUUAGACCAGGAGUAGACAGAUUGAUAUGGCCACUCACACUUACAAGUUUGUCCAAUCUAGCCAUCAAAACUGUUAAAAAGUACUGGAACUUAAUAAGAGACAUCCCUGGAUGUGAUAGACCCCCUUUGGUAGCAUAUAAAAGAACAAGGAAUAUUGGGGAUAUAUUGGUACAUUCAAACAUAAUCAAUAGGCCCCGGACUGUAAAAUCUAAUCUGGUGGGCAACUAUCGCUGCCAUCAUUGUUCAGUAUGCAGCCAAUUGAUAGAGACCAAAAUCUUGACACACCAACAUCUAUCAUUCGAAUUUAAAUUUCCCCAUUUUGCCACCUGUACAACCAAAGGGGUUAUUUACAUGAUAAUUUGUGAUUGUAAUUUAUCAUAUGUGGGGCAGACUCGUCGAGAAGUUAAGAGCAGAAUUAUAGAGCACAGGAGCAAAAUACGAAAUCAUGUCAGAGAAUCCAUACUGUACAAACAUUUCUGUGAUCUACAGCAUAGUCCUGAAUCAUUCAAAUACCACAUACUAGAAGUAGUAUCACAAUCCAAACAUAUGGACUUCAAUAAUAAACUUUUGCAAAGGGAAACAUAUUGGAUUUUCAGAUUACGGACAGAACAUCCACAGGGCUUAAAUGAACAAAAUUCAUACAGUUGUUAUAUAUAGAACCUUAGCAUACUAUAAAUCCCUAAUUGAAUACACCCAAUACAAUAAGGGUACUCAUAGCACCAUCUGGUGGUAUUUCUUCUAUAUCUUCAUAUAAACCUUUCUGUUUCUUUAACAUCUUCCCCUUUAAAUUGAGGCAACCCCUUGAUGCUUUUCAUACUCGCAAUUAGAACCUAACACACAGCAGAGUAUCCCGUGAGUAUAUACUGUUUUAGAAAUAUACAAUUUGUUUAAAAACAAAUUUUUGGAUGUUUGUAACUCUUUAAUGCUUAUGGCCACUCCUUGUUCCUUUGACCUAGAUUCCACUGUAAAAAACAGGUAUCUCUAAGGAGAACAAGUGUUAAAUUUGGAACUAUACCACCAGAGGAAGGCCUGAUGCAGGGCCGAAACCGGUCGUGGCGAACUUACUCUUCUCGGCAAUAGAAUAUACAACGCCGAUUGCACUUCAAUGUAUAUUGGACUAUCCAUUUGAGGCUGCUUGUUAUUACUGUGAAUUUAACGCCGACUGCAUUUCUAUGUAUAUGGGACAAUCCAUUUGAUGGUGUUCGAUAUUACUGUGAAUUUAAACAGUAUAUUAAUUUGCCAGAUAUAUUAUUUACUGAACUGAUUCAUUUUCAAUUGUAUAUAUAGGAGGUCAUUUGUGUUUGAGUUGACUCAGGAACCCUGAUUGAUUCAUGUCUGGAAUUCCCCUGUCUUCUAAGUGUUGUUUUUUUAUUUACCAUCCUGAUUUUAGAGGUUUUUUAAUAUUGGUAGCCAGAUAUUGUUCAUUUUCAUGGUUUCCUCCUUUCUGUUGAAAUUGUCCACAUGCUUGUGGAUUUCAGUGGCUUCUCUGUAUAGUCUGACAUGGUGGUUGUUGGAGUAGUCCAGCAUUUCUAUGUUCUCAAAUAAUAUGCUGUGUCCAGGUUGGUUCAUCAAGUGCUCUGCUAUUGCUGACUUCUCUGGUUGAAUUAGUCCUCAGUGCCUUUCAUGUUCCUUGAUUCGUGUCUGGGCAAUGCUGCAUUUGGUGGUCCUUAUGUAGACUUAUCCACAGCUGCAUGGCCUCAUUUCAUACAAUGUUAUCUUUUACAUAAAAUAGCAAAAUCAGUUUUUGGUUAUAGGAUUUUGGGGGGAGGGGAUAUUUUCAAGCCAUGGAUACAGAAUCCGUGGAUACCGAGGGCCAGCUGUACCGUAGUUUUGUAAUCCAUACAUUGAUAGGAAACUGGUAGUUCUGGGGACCAAUUUUCUGCUUCUCAAGCCAUAGGGACUAGAAGAAAUGCCAAUAAUGGUAGGUAGAAAGGGCUAGAAGUCGGUUUUGAAAGAUCAGUCAUUUCUAAUGUUUAGCAGUGUAAGGGGGGCUGCGACCUAUUUAAAAAGUACAUUCAUGCUUAGAGACUUCCAGGAAAGUCAGUUUAGGUGGGGAAGGGCAGGAAAACGGUGGCCAAGAGAUUCUGGGGAGAUUGUGGGCCACAAAAAACAGCUUUACAAAAGUUGUAUCUGUUCUCAGAGUUGCACUUUGCUUCUACAUGAUUGAGAUUAUAAUGCCUUUUAAAGUAUGGAAAGCCUUUUAAAGUAUGGAAAAUAUUCUUUCUUUUAAAAAUUGAACUGUUUAUAUAAGAGCUGAGAACCAAAAAUCACAAUCAGAAUACCAUUAGCCCUUAUAGCUAGGUGUGCUUCAGAUAUGCUUAACUCCGCAAUGUCGAAGAGUGAUGCUCCUGGUAGUUGUCACAAUGACAGUAUCCCAGAAAGCCUGUGCAGUAUCUAAAUUCAAAUAAAGAUGGAGUUCUUGUACAACUGGAGGGUAGAAUGUCAUUAGAUGUCAUUUUCAUGAUAAGCAAAAAAAACCUUAAGAAACAUUAAGAUGGAUGAGAAAAUGAAAUUUUUUAAAGCUCUCCUGCCAUAACGCUUCCAAAAUCUCCUUAAAAGGGUAAUUUAAAAAAAAUGAUCAAACACUUUUGCAGCCACAGAAUGGUUUUCUUUUACUGAAAAUGUUAUUUUUGAAAUGUAAUUUACACUGCCGUGCUAAGAAAGAUGGUUCAUUGGAAGUAGCUUCACUGCUUAUGACUCAUAGCUUCCACAUCCUGAAUCCUGUAAACACUUUGCUUGGUGUAAGCUCCAUUAAACAGAGUGUUAUAUGUGUCUGAGUAAGCCGUGCUGGAUCAGAGUGGAGGCCAAUCUAAAUCCACCAUUCUGUGUAUUCAUUUAUCUACCAGCCAGUAAGUUGCCAAGCAGCAAGGUAUGAGUCCAUCUACAUGUUUUGUCUCAUGCGAUUGAAAGACAUACUGCCUCUCAUACUGGAAGUGAUAUACACCCAUCCUGGUAGUAGCUAGUGAUGGCCUUAGCACACAUGACUUCAUACUAUUUCCUUUUCAAGCCAUCCAAGUUGGCAAUCCAUCUUGUGGCAGUGAGUUCCACAGUUUUACCAUGUGUAGUAUAAAGAAGCACUUCCUUUUAUCUCACCUGAAUUUCCUAUCAUUCAGGUUUCUUAGGUGAGCCUGCAUUCUGGUGUUAUGAAGAAAAUCUUCUCCAUGGCUACUUAAUUGCACUUCGCUUAAUGUUCUUCACCUCUAUCAUACAUCCAAGUAACCUUUUUCUUUUCAAAAAUAAACAGCCACAAAUGUAAUCUUGCAUCCGAAUGUGCCAUUUAGUAUUUGUGUGUGUGCUUUCAAGGGUGAAAAUAGAAAAAAUAGUCAACAAUCAAAACCUGUGUAGGAGCGCAGACAACAUCUGCAUACAAAAGACUUAAUUCUUAUGGGUUUAGCGAUGCCUAAUGAAAUCUUACAGCACUAUGUAAUUGCUCCUGAUAAGCACGAAUGCCUGAUUUUUAAUUUCUGUCAGCACGACGUGAAUACCAAUUUCCCUGGUAUCUGGUAGGGUAUCAGGCCCUUAAUCUGCUUUCAGCUUCACCCUGUAGGCAUCUGCCCAAGAGCAAACCCACCAAAUGUACUGUGGUUUACUGGUUUGUGCUGGUUUUAGCCUUGGGAUUCUAAUAUGGAGUUAAACUGGGUUAGAUUAAAAAGUCCUGUUUGGUAAUGUGAAAAUGAUUUAUCUUCAGGAGUGGAAGUUGUUGGGCGAGUGGGCUUAUUAGCAAAAGACCCCCCCCC